GUUACCAAAGAACAUGGCUGACUAAUAUUGCCAAUCACGGUAUAUUUAUUAUGGCAUUUACUGACGCCAUGGGGCCGUCUGAAGUUGACAUGUAAUCGUUGUUAAACCGUCCUCGUCGCCUCUCCGCUCUACGUCGUGUCGUGGGAAAGGAAGCGGUCGUACCAAACUCGACGCGACCGAGCGGAGUGUCGGGUUAACGUUUUAGAGGAAACCCUCGGUGUAAGGACAAUUUUUUUCAAUGGCGGAGAAUGUACGCUCGCUGUUCGACUACCGGGAGCCUCCGACCCUGGACAGCGACGGAGAAGGGAGCAAGCCUCCGCCACCCCGGGGACGGGGCUGCGGGCGGAAGAGGAAAGGGACACCAGUGAAGGUGUGUGACAGAGUGUUUGUCACUGAAGACGAGGAGGAGAGUCUGUCCGAACACAGCUACUGUCCCGGUGAUGGCCAGUAUCAGGAGGGAGAUGAUGACAGACUGCCCCCACAUGACAGUCCCUACUACCUCAGCGACCCCACACAGCUGUGUGUCCCAGAGCUGGGUGAGGAAGGGGAUGCCGGGGCUAGGGCGGCCAUGCUGUACGCUGCCCCGGCCAACUGCCGCAUCAGAGAGGUGCAUUGUGGGAGCCAGGUGCGGCUUGUCGUCAUUGCGAUCAGAGACAUCGCCAAAGGGGAGGAGAUCACUGUGGACUACAGUCUGACAGAGUGGGGAGACAAUACAAUGGGUUUCCAUAGCUCAGUGUCUCCAGGAGGGUUGGAGUGCAGCUCUGACCCCGAGAACAUCAUCAAGAAGGAGGAUGAAUCUGGCCCCGCCCCCCUCUCCCUCUCUGUCUCGGACUACCUCACUCCUUCCUGGUCCCUCUCUCCGUCCUCCUCUCCGCUCUCCCACUCGGAACCUAGUGACACUGACCACGAGGAGGAGGAGGAGGAAGAGGAGAUGGAGGAGCUCAGAGGCCGAAUGCUGCGCAGGCGUAAAAAGCGGAAGGCCCCGUACGCGCCCACGGCCAAGAGGAAGCUCGCUGCCCGCACCCCAAGCCGGCCCCUCUCCUUCUCGCGCUCCCCCCACUCCUCUCCCUCCCCCUGUGCCAACUUCACACUGCCCUCGGCAGCCCCCACCACCACCACCACCACCAACAUCAACAACAACAUCAAUAUCAACAUCGGCCGGGGGCGGAGCGCGGGCAGCCGACGGCAGCAGUGCCUUCACUGCGGGAGGCACUUCCGCUCGCUGGCGCGGCACCUGGAGAAGCACCACGCCCAGCAGCCCGAGGUGAGGGCCGCCAUGGAGCGCGCCCAGUCCUACCCGCCCGCUCAAAUCCCAGCCCUGCACUCCACUCACGCCCACUCGCACCCCACCCUCCAGUCAGCUUCCCCUGCCUGCUCCGCGGCCCCUCCCACUCUCUUCUCCAGAGAGAGGGACGCGCAGACCGGCCACAGCAGCACCGGCGCCGUCUCCUUCUCUCUGUCCCUCUCCCCCGCGCCCAGCACCCGCCCUGCCACGCCCAAAAAAAGCCCCACGCUCUCGACCCCGCCGAGGAAGAGCCCCUCCCUGUCAACGCCUCAGAAGAAAGGACGCAGGAUGAAGAAGGAGAAAGAGGAGGAGCCCGAGAAGCAAGAGACGCCAGAAAAGGAAGAGGUGUCCCCUCCUAGCUUCCUCAACGGAGCGAAGGAUGGAGAGCUUGAUCUGAGUGGAGAGAAGGAUGAGGAGAGUGGAGGAGAGGAGAAGAAAGGAGAGCUGUCGAGCUCUGGCAGGCCCCACAUGCAGCCCCUGCUGUCCUCGCUGUCCUCUCUGGUGGCGUACCUGCGGAAGCAGCAGCACUCCUCCUUCCUGUCUCUGUCCCGCUCCCCGCAGGCCGCCGAGGCCUGGCGGCUGCUGUGCCACUCCAGCCUGGCGCUGCUGAUCCUGUACAACCGGCGGCGGGACUGCGAGGUGUCCAAGCUCACCAUCCAGGAGUACCACAACCGGGUGGCCCCCCAGUGCCCGGCUCCUGCAGGCUCCGGCUCCCCCCCCGCCCUCACGCCCCUGGAGGCGUCGCUGUCGCCCUUCGAGCGGCAGGUCCUGCCCCACCUGCCCCGGGUGGGGGUGGUGGGGAAGCGGGGGCGGGUACAGCCCCUCAUCCUGCCUCCCCACAGCGAGCCCUGCCUGCAGCUGCUGCUGCAGACGCGCCCCAGCGUGGGAAUCGAUCCCCAGAACCCCUACGUGUUCGCCCGGCCGUACCACUCCCCCGCCACGCCCCUGCGAGGGGCGGACCUCCUGCGCAACCUAGCGCGGGCCAGCGGCACCAAGAACCCGCAGGCCCUGACCCACACCCGGGUCCGGCGGCAGGUGGCCAUCCUCACGCAGCUGCUGCUGCUCGGAGAGGGGGAGGGGCAGGGGGGCAGUGCCGCCCAGCGUCUGGAGGACUUCCUGCAGAAGGAGUACCACGUGACCCAGAGCUGCGCCAGGAUUGGGCAGGACCCCGGGCUGAUGGGACGAGUGGGCCGGGUGGUGCUGUGCGGAGAGCGAGACGGAGUUCUGUUCCGAGGCAUGAGCCUCAACCACAUCUGUCUGGAGCUUGACGUGAUGUCCGGGAACUCUGCGGACUCCUUCUCGGACGAUUCUGAGGGCGGGCAGGAGAAGUGCAAGGAGAAAGGAGGGACGGUGAAGAAGGGAGCGGAGAGAGGCCGUCCCCCUCGGCGGAAGAAAGUGAGCACCCCCCCAGCGUCCUCCGUCAGCCCCUCCUCUGCCUCCAAUGCCCACAAGAGGAGAAACGCCCAGCCUAAACCAGGGAAACGCGGCGUGCUGAAGCGGCCCUGGUCGGAGGCGGAGCGCGCGGCCGUGGAGUUCCACCUGAGCAGGAACAUCGCCGAGCUGCGCGUGCCGGCGAAGGCGGACUGCGAGCGCUGCCUGCAGCUCUGCCCCCUGCUGGUCACCAACCGCAGGGACUGGAGGGCCAUCAAGUUCUACUGUCACAACCGCAUCCAGCUACUGAAGAAGAAGGAGAGGAGGGAGAGCGGAGCUCCUCGGGCGGAGUCAUCUGUCUGCUGAGGACACGGACAAAGCGACGCGCACCAGGGAGUGAGAGGCGAGACAGGUCCCACUGCUGGCUCCACAGGAGUAAUACUGACCUUAACCGAAGUCAGAGCAAAGAGACAGAGUUAAGAUGCAGAGAUGAGAUGGACAGGUAAAUUCCCUGCAUGGGUGAAAGCAGUACUGUGGAAGUACUGAGCGCAGGCCAGAGAGAGGUGCUAUGAAAGACGGACAAGCAGGGAAAGAAGAAAAGAGAGUUUCUGAGUGAAAACAGCAAAGAGAGGGAUGGAGGGGUAAAUUCCACAAUGCUGUCACUGUUCCAGGGGACUGAGCUACCUGUGUCUUUUUGAGUUGUGUUCAUUACAGUAAUCUUUCCUUUUCCGCGGUUUGCUUCAGCCGUAUAAAGUGCAUUUCAGUGUACAGAUCCAUGGAGGUAGUUCAGUUAACUGGUGCACUCUUUACAAUAAAACGACCAAUAUUGGAAUGGAACAAGCGCACAUAUGAAAAUAUACUUGAAUUUACCAUUUUCUUUUGUUGAUUACUUUACAAACUCAGUGUUCUUAGUAGUCUUAUUAUCUAUAAAAGAGUACUGUUUUGUAAUAGUUAUCAAUAUCUUUCCCCAGUAUACUAUUCUUAUUUCUAACUUAUUACUGAAAUCUGUUGUGGCAUUGUGUUCAUGUCCGAUGUUUUCUAGUUGAAGACUGUCUUACAAGGGAUCUGUUGCACUCGGGGAGCAAAAACAUUCCUCAUGCCCCCAUACAGAGGCUUAUAAACCCCCAGUAUUUUAAUCUUUAAUACAGUUCAAGUAAAACACGGGAGGAGACAUAAAGAUACAUUACAGUGUGUCAGCAUAAAGUCAGGCAAACAGUACUGUAAAGACUAGAGUUCCUGUAAUAGCCUGGUUAUGGGGCAACAGCGGUGCAUGCAUUCAAACCAUAAAGAGAGGAAAAUACACAAAUUAAAAUGUGUUUAGGUUGACGUGAUAAAUGAAGCUAUUGCUGUUAUGAAACAUGGAGGAAGUGUAGUGUUAU